AUGAUGUGCUUACUGAAAUAUUGGUUACUGUUUCUGGUCUUGGUCUUGGUGGCUUUUGCUGACUGUAAAUCACGGUAUAAUAGACAUGAGAUAAGAAAAAUUCCUGAUGGGAUUCUGUUCGGAACAGCCACUGCAUCAUAUCAAGUAGAAGGUGCAUGGGACGAAGAUGGUAAAAGUGAAAAUAUAUGGGAUCGAUUAACCCAUAGCAAGCCCUGCCCUGUGAAAAACUGUGACACGGGUGAUAUUGCCGACGAUUCUUAUCACCAGUACGAAAGAGACGUGGAGAUGAUGAGGGAACUCGGACUAGACUUCUACAGAUUUUCCUUAUCUUGGUCAAGAAUACUUCCAACCAGCUUCCCUGAUAAAAUAAACAAAAAGGGAGUGCAAUAUUAUAACAAUCUUAUCGACGAAAUGCUAAAGUACAACAUACAACCAAUGGUUACAUUAUACCAUUGGGAUUUACCACAGAAACUGCAGGACAUGGGUGGUUGGACUAACCCUCAUGUCGUUGAUUGGUUUACGGACUAUGCUCGGAUUGUCUUCGAAUUGUUUGGGGACCGAGUCAAAUAUUGGUUUACCAUUAACGAGCCAAGGGAAGUUUGCUAUGAAGGUUAUGGCGGCGCAAACUUUGCACCUGCGUAUAAUUUAUCAGGAUAUGGUGAUUAUAUGUGCGCAAAGAACUUACUGGUAGCACAUGCUAAAGCUUACCACAUGUAUAAGAACGAGUUCUCCAGAACACAGGGCGGUACUGUUGGUAUAGCAGCCAGUGCAUCUUGGUUUGAACCUAAAUCGGAAAAGGACGCCGAAGCUGCCGAAGACGCCAGGCAAUUUGAGUGGGGAUUAUAUACCAAUCCAAUUUUUUCAAAAAAUGGCGAUUUUCCUCAAGUUGUGAAAGAUCGAGUUGCCGCUAAAAGCUUUGAACAAGGAUUCUUUCGGUCGAGAUUGCCUGAAUUCACGCCCGAAGAAGUGGAAUUAGUAAAAGGAAGUUCAGACUUCCUAGGAAUCAACCAUUACACAUCAAAAAUUACAUACAGGAAUGCCUCUAUAACUACCUUCCCUUCACCCUCAUUCUACGAUGACAUCGAGGCGUUGUAUGAUUACGAUUUUACUUGGGAAACCGCUGCUUCUUCGUGGUUAAAGGUUGUACCAUGGGGCUUCUACAAACUUUUAACUAAACUACGCACAGAUUACGAUAACCCUCCAAUAUAUAUCACUGAAAAUGGCUUCUCUACGCGAGGGGGGUUGGAAGACGACAGUCGCAUCGCGUACUACAGGCAAUAUAUCGACGCCAUGUUGGAUGCGAUCGACGAGGGCUCCGAUGUUCGAGCCUAUACAGCGUGGAGCUUGAUGGAUAACUUUGAGUGGCGGCAAGGAUACACGGAACGUUUCGGACUGUACGAAGUAGAUUACGAGGAUCCCAAACGCACGCGCACGGCGCGUAAGUCCGCCUACGUGUACAAGGAGAUUAUACGUUCCAGACAACUCGACUACCAUUACGAGCCCGACACCACCCUGCCCAUCACCAUCGACGAUGGACAAUGA